AGAACAUACUCGAUUUGAUUUGAUUCGAUUCGCUUGUCGUCGUAUUCCAUUCCGGCUAAAUAUUUUAUGCAUAUUUCGCACAUCCCUGCAGUUUUCGUUGAAGGACGCGCGCGCGAAGUUGUUGAAGAGGCGCUCAAAGAGCGCGCGAAAUACGCCGUGCGGCAGACUCCCGAACUACUGGCGCUGCUCUCAGUUCGCUCGCUGGGCCCGGAGAGGCAGCGCAGAGCAUCCGCGGCGCGGGCUACGCCGGCCGCAUAGCGGGAGCCAAGGCGAGGGUGGUACCGGGUGGUACGUGUCUUCGUCCACGCCUUGGGAGGUGCUGUCGCGCCGCCGCGGCCCCCACCGCUGAGCGGCAGAGCGAGCAAAUUCGGUCGGCUAAGCAACGUUACACGUAGAAGGAAGAAGCCACGCAGCCAUUCCAACCUCGCUGUGAUGGCGAGCGCUGCGUAGCACACUGCUGCGCGUACGAGGCAACGGUGUUGUGCACACGACAGCGAGCAGUAAUAUCGCAUCGCCGGCUUCGGGCGGCCGAGAAGUGAAACUGGUGCUGUAGGCUGCUGGAUGGCGCACGUGCAACGAUGUUACCGCUUGAAGCUUGCGUGGUGCCCGUGAUGGCUUUGCUUCUCCCGGGGAGCUGAUGCGUCGGGAGCAGCGGAUCGACCAGCUCGGGCCUUCUUCGUCGUCGUCGGCAGCGGUGGCGUCCUCUUCCGAGCGGAGGCAGGGCAUCGCCGGCGCCCGUCGUGGUGACGCCGGACUUCAUGCCGCCGCUGGGCGCUUCGCAGCGAGGACGACUCAAAGGAUUCCCCGAUGUGGUCCUUGAGGAAACGGCGCUUCGCCCGAUUCGCGGCCGCUGGCGUGACCGCUGUCAUGGUGCUCGCCAGCCUGGCUCACUUUGCCAGCAGCGCAACGCGGAUCCAUGACAGUCGGGCGAUCGCUGCGCGGCGCCAGUCGUCGGCCCACCCACUUCCCGUUCCGCUGGCGUCCCAGGCAGCAGGCUACAGGCAGUCUCAGCAGCAGCCGCUGGCUCAUCGAACAUUCCCCAGCAGCCGUGUGUACAGCCAGCCCUUUGAGUACCUCAUCAACCAAGAGCGACUGUGCCGCGGCAACGGCACGGACAAGCAUGGGCACCGCAUCGACUAUUUAUUCCUCAUAUCGUCCGCGAUGGGCAACGUCGACCGGCGCAAUGCCAUUCGAGACACCUGGGGCCGCGACGUCCUCGCGUUCACCGGCAACCGGCUAGCCUUCCUGCUGGGCGCCGGUAACGACUCGAGGCUCCAGUCGGCCGUCGAGAGCGAGGCCUCGGUGCACGGUGACGUCAUUCAGGAGGGGUUCUUCGACUCGUACCGCAACGUUACGCUCAAGUCCAUCAUGAUGCUUCGGUGGACGACGCAGUUCUGCCCCGGCGUUCGGUUCGUGGUCAAAGUGGAUGACGACACGUACCUGAACGCAGGAAACUUCUUCGCUGCUAUGCAGUCCCGCUCCGCGGAUGCCAUCUACGGCAAGGUGUACCAGGUGAGCCAGCCAAUUCGUGACCUGACCAACAAGUGGUACGUGACGUCCGACGAGUACCCGGGCGACAUCUAUCCGGACUACGUCGGUGGCUCGGCCUACGUCAUCGGAGGCGACGUCGUUGAUGCGCUGUACCGGGCCACAGGACACGUGAGGCCGUUCCCGAUCGAGGACGCCUACAUCACUGGUUCGUGCGCCGAGAGCAUCGGCGUGCGUCGCGUCCAAGUCGAAGGGUUCAACUCGCUGCGCAUCGAAUCCGUGUGCGAGGUGAAGAGGGCGGUGACCGCGCACUACACGACCGCCAAGGAGAUGUUCGCCUUGCAUGAUCAGCUACGGGGCACCGAGUUUGUGUGCCAGCGGCUCUUGUUCGACUUCGCAUACUUCUGUUACUGUCGCAAGUCAUCUGCCGUCACGUGACGGCGAGGCGAUGGAGACGCUGUUGUGUGUUGUGUUGUUUUCGUACUGCUCUUCCUUCUUUUCGGUUUCGUUUACGAGUUCAGUGGCUGUUUCAGCGCCGCAGUUGAUAGUUACGAUUUCCCCAUGAUCACUGCUGGUUGUGUCACAAUUCGCUCGUACCGAGCGACAUCUCGCGAACCUGCCAAGAAUUCUCGUGAAGCGCGUUGCUGCACACUCACCGGGCAUCAUGCAAUGGACACGGCUGAGCGACAUCGAUUGAGUGCAGUCGUACUGCUGAUUUUCUGCAUCUCGUGUUUAUGUGAUGUUAAGAAUCCAUCCCCAGUGUCGGGGUUGUUUUCGCCAUCUUAUUUUGCGCCGUCUCAUGAUGCUUACGUGGCGCCAUUUAAUUUAAAUUGUCCGUUUCUUCCUAUUAUGCUUAGGAAGUCGUUUUGUAUGCAAGUGUGCGCUUCCAGAUCGUUCACCGUCCGAGAAAUUUGCCUGUUUUGCGUGCUGUGUUGUUUCAAAGUAUAACGCCGUACACCACAACUGUGUGGCGAUUUCGGCGCUCUGUGCCGCUAAGUACGCAAUCACUCAUUUGCGUGAGACGGAACGUUCUCACACCAGUAUACCUAGGGACCAGAAAUGUUCCGUCGAUAUACAUCGUUAUUAUUUUUUGUUAAUGGAAACGGAUACCCCGUAAGGACUUUUUGAGGUAUCUACAGCACAGACCAAGACAAAAACAGUCAGCUCACAAGCACAUUACACGCGAAACUUCGAACUUCACUCAAGUUCAGUGGAGUGCAAGUUGCUUCGGAAAGUAACGCAGGAGAUGGCCGUGUGGCGUUAAGAAUUAAAGUGCAUUUCGCACCCAGUACACCCAGACGGCCCAAUUGUCACAAUGUAAUGUCUCCGGUGUGUUCUUACUUUGUGCGAUGGAGUUUUGUUUUUGUCGAGCGCAUAGCCCGAACAUACCUGAGGUUUAUGUUAUUUUAUUUGUUUUUAUUUAUUUUUGAGUAACUUCAAAUGUGCACUGGUUCUGGCGGUUGAAUCGCGAUGCGGAGACAUUGUAGGUGUUAUUGCGGUUGUGACAGAAGAAUAGGUUUAAAAAAAUUGUUUGGUUGUGAAGUCGGCCUUAUAUUGUGAUUUUAUUACUGUUCCUAUUUCACCGUUGGGUGAGAAAAUUCAGCAACUCUUAGUAGUUUUAGCCACUGCUAAAACUUACGUGCUCCGUGUUAGUUUCCAUAUUAAAUUCGUGUGGCGUAACAUUGAUAGAGUUCUUUUAGUAAACCUCAGCGCAGCCUAAGAUAUUGAUAGUCAAUGAAGCACACCACUGUAUGGUUGGCUUAGUUAUAGAACGCUAGCAUAUAUACAAAAAGUCACUAGUGAGAGCGUCUGUUCAAGCAGAUAUAGGAUUCUGUGGCCACCUGUAUAGUCUUCUGAUAUAAUGUUCAUGGUAGGCAGGCGGAGCUAAAUAGUCUCCGAGGAAUGUUGUUGGUCGAACACCGAUGUUUGCCCAUGUUUCUGUCACGUGAUGAAGAGGGCCAAAGGCCAUCGUCUGUGUCUGUGUUAUUUCUUACCACACAAGGACAGUGCUAUGUGUUAGAAUCUCAAAAAUCCUAGAAGUUAGAAAUUUCACAAGUCGUCACAUCGACUUGCGCUGCCAUGUGCGUCUUUUUCACAGACCAGUGCCAAAAGUUUAUUUAUGGCAGUGCUUCAAACGAAGAAAGAAAUGCAAGUAUCUUCUUUCAUUGCACCUCAUGAAUUGCCUGAAGAAUUUUUGUUUCACUGAAAAUAAAGAGUAAUAUGAUGCUG